CUGGAGCGAUUGUGCAUUUGGUGGCAGAGUUCGCCUGUACGGCGGCUGCGGCAGGACGACUAAACCAAAGGUGCCGGCCGAAUAACUAGACAAUAUAAUUCGGGUGAAAAUAUAAACAAAUCCAAUCCUGCGAGUCUACUGUGUGUUUUUUUCUUUCAGUUGGUAUCAAGCAGAAGCUCACAUGUCGUAAGGCUUUGGAAUACGGUGGCGGCGGGCCGGGCUGGGGGGUCCCUUUCGUUGUCUGUUAAUGAGAAGGGAGAGACAUAGACAGAAACUGGAGGCCUACAAGCGAGGAGCGCUCGUCGAUUGAUCCUCGGACUCGAGUUGACCCCCCUGGCCGAACUCGGACCCAGACCUUGUAGCUGGGUACUGCCGGGUGCCCGGCCCCGGAACUCCGCCGUUUACAAAUCACCCAGAAAAUAAGAAUCUUCUGGGCGUAUUUGGAUGCCUGAUACCUGUGCGUGGACUUGGCCGCAUUGUUUUAAUCUGCUCACAGUAGGAUGCUCCGCCUCGGACCCGGAGCCUACGAUCCUGCCGCCGCUCUUGCUGCUGCUCUCCGUAAUUGUAACCUAUCACUGAGAAGCUGAGACCAACAGAACCGGGUAUGGCCUCCCAGCUACAGGUCUUCUCACCUCCAUCUGUCUCCUCAAGCGCCUUCUGUCGAGUCAAGAAGCUGAAAGUCGAGAGCUGUGCCUGGGAUGUGACGGGGCAGUCCGGGGAGGGCAAGUACUACCCAUCCAGUACUACCCAAGGCAAUCCUUCCUCAAGUGCAACAGGCAGUGGGUCACAGUCUUCCAGCUUCAACACCACAGUUGCUCCCUAUAGCUCUGCCAGUCUGCUACUUCCCCCAGCUGGAGGUUCUCGGGGCCACAUUGUAGUGCGGGCAGCAGACAGCACUGGAAGCCUUCCAGGUCCUUCAGGCCGACGAGCCCGAGAACUGUCUUUGCUUGACCCCUACCAGAAGUAUGGGCUAAAGAGAAAAAGUGAAGAAGUGGACAGUAGUGGUAGCGUUCAGAUACUAGAGGAGCAGCCACCGCCCAUGCUACCAAACAGAACAGGUGUGGGUGCUGUCACCAGCACACAAACAAUCACUCACUCUAAUUCAACCACCAAAAGCAGCAGUUCCAACAGCGAAGGUGACUACCAGCUUGUACAACAUGAGAUCCUGUGUUCUGUGUCUCAUAGCUAUGAAGUGCUUGAGUUCUUGGGCCGUGGUACAUUUGGACAGGUGGCAAAGUGCUGGAAGCGAGGUACCAAUGAUAUUGUCGCUAUCAAGAUCCUAAAGAAUCACCCUUCAUAUGCACGGCAAGGACAGAUUGAGGUGAGCAUCUUGAGCCGAUUAAGUACAGAGAAUGCAGAUGAGUUCAACUUUGUCCGAUCCUACGAAUGUUUCCAACACAAAAAUCACACCUGUCUGGUGUUUGAAAUGCUAGAGCAAAAUCUAUAUGAUUUUCUAAAACAAAGCAAGUUCAGUCCACUGCCGCUCAAGUCCAUCCGCCCCAUCCUUCAGCAGGUGGGAACGGCUUUGAUGAAACUGAAGUCUCUAGGAUUGAUUCACGCUGACCUCAAGCCUGAGAACAUCAUGUUGGUGGACCCUCUUCGGCAGCCAUAUCGGGUGAAAGUAAUCGACUUUGGCUCGGCUAGUCAUGUCUCCAAAGCAGUCUGCUCAACAUACCUUCAGUCGCGCUACUAUAGAGCACCAGAGAUCAUCCUUGGCUUGCCGUUCUGUGAGGCCAUUGACAUGUGGUCACUGGGAUGCGUCAUUGCUGAACUAUUUUUGGGCUGGCCCCUUUACCCUGGAGCCUCAGAGUAUGACCAGAUUCGCUACAUCUCCCAGACACAGGGGCUACCAGCUGAAUAUUUGUUGAGUGCAGGGACCAAGACAAGCAGAUUUUUCAAUCGAGAUCCUGAUUCUGGCUAUCCACUGUGGAAGUUAAAGUUACCGUCAGAGCAUGAAGCAGAAAUGGGUAUUAAGUCAAAGGAGGCUAGGAAGUAUUUCAAUUGUUUGGAUGAUAUGGUGCAGGUAAAUAUGUCAAAUGAUUUGGAGCGAUCUGAUAUGUUGGCAGAAAAGGCAGACCGAAGGGAGUUCAUUGAUUUGCUGAAAAAAAUGUUGACCAUAGAUGCUGACAAAAGGAUAACUCCAACGAAAACACUACAACAUCCCUUUGUGCUUAUGGGCCAUCUGCUUGACUUCCCCCACAGUUCUCAUGUCAAGUCCUGCUUUCAAAAUAUGGAAAUUUGCAAGAGGCGAAGUAAUUCGUAUGACAGUGGCAAGAGUCCCUUCACCACACACACGACUCCUAGUGCAGCAGCAAACCUCACUGUGACAUUCAGCAAUCCACUUGGCACCGUCCAGCACAGUCAAGUUGGUUCUUUGGUUUCAGGUUCUUCUGGGCCUGCAUCUCUCUCCUUGACUAAUGCAGAUGUGCCGCUACUUAACUACCAGCCGGCUAUCUAUCCUCCAGCUGCAGUGAACAUCCCAGGCAUCACACAGCAAAGUGUGUCUCUGCAGGCUGGCACCACUCAGUUGUGCAGUCAGACCGAGCCCUUUCAGCAAACUCUGAUUGUUUGCCCACCUGCAUUUCAAGCUGGCCUUCAAGCCAGUGCUAAGCAUUCCGGAUUCCCUGUGCGAAUGGACAAUGCAGUUCCCAUUGUGCCUCCUGGCCAGUCAGCUCAGUCAUUGCAGAUCCAGCCUGGAGUACUCACACAGGGCACCUGUACUCCUCUGAUGGUGGCCACCCUGCAUCCACAUGUUGCCACCGUUACGCCACAGUACGCGGUCCCCCUGGCACUGAAUUGCACUCCUGGUAGGCCAGCCCUGCUAGAGCAGACUGCCACCGUGCUGCAGGCCUGGCCAGCAGGGACCCAACAGAUACUCCUACCAUCAACUUGGCAGCAAUUGCCAGGUGUGGCUCUACACAGCUCUGUCCAGCAGGCCGCAGCAGUGAUUCCCGAUUCCUCUCUAGGGGCAGUUCUUUCUGAAUCCAUCAGCUCUGGGCAGCAGGUGGCAGACUGGAGGAGUUCCCAUGGUAGCCAGUAUCCUGGGGUUAUGCAGCAGCCAUCACUGUUGACAAGCCAUGUGACACUAGCUGCAGCAGCGCAGCCUCUCAAUGUGAGUGUUGCACAUGUGGUGAGGCCUCCACAGGGCAGCAUUACUGGAAAGAGGACCAAAGCCCGUCAAGCAGAGGAUCGUGGCAGGACAAUGCCAUUAUUGGAACCAGUCCCAACUCUGGUGCAGCAUAGCCCUGUUUUUACAACACCCCCUUAUAAUGGCAUGCUUUCUCAGCCAAUUGUCAUUCCAGACACACCCAGCCCAGCUGUUAGUGUUAUCACUAUUAGAAGUGAUACAGAAGAUGAGGAUGAGAGCAAAUACCACCCUUCAAGCUCUGCAGUGAAACAGCGCACUAAUGUCAUCAGCUGUGUGACUGUCCAGGAUUCACCUGAUUCCGAUUCUUCUAGUAGUCCCUUCCCAUCAGAACAUCUGCCAAAUUUCUUUGAGGCAUCUGCUCAAAUUGCAAAACCCCGAACCAUCAUUGUGCCAUCAAUUAAAAGCCAGUUGGGUGAUUCUGUGUCAGGGUACCUUUCUAAUGUCUAUAAAGGGAAGAAUACCUCAAGCAGUAACAUUCAGCAUAGUGGUAAUUCUGGAGUGGGAAACAAUUACAGGCACCAGCGCACAGCACCCAGUGGGAUGCAGCCAUUGAACCUCAGUCAGGUCCAGCCUUCCAUACCAUCUGCUCAGGAGCGUGGUGUCACUGGCUCCUCACGUAGGCAGCAGACAUACACCAUAGCUCCCCAGACUACAUCCCAGGCUCAGUACUGCUUGCAGCAGACACCUCCUCGUAACGCUGCUAUCCCACACUUCAGUGCUGCCUCUCAUCUGGGGAGUCAAGCUCAUCUGUAUACAUACGCACCCUCCUCUGCAACAUUAGCACCACUGCUUGCUGCUCCACAGAGCUCUGCUCACCAUACCACUGCCACAGGUUUCACCUCCCAUCCGGCCGGGUUGGUACACCAGGUGCCUGUGAGUGUGGGGCACAGCCUCCUUACCACUGCUGCCGUGCCCACUGCCCAGUACCAGCACCAGUUUCCUGCUCAGUCUUACAUUAGUACAUCACAUGCAAAUGCUGUAUACAGUGGCUACCCUCUCAGCCCCACUAAAAUCAAUCAGUUCCCGUAUUUAUAAUGCAUCUCUCACUUCACAGAUACCCUUUUGCUCACAAAUGAACUGUUAUGUUCCAGCCACAUUAGAAGGGCUACUUAAGGUGGUAGGGAGGAUGGGGGUGGUAUCUAUAAAAGGCCUGCUCAGAAUAGGUAAGGAUGGAAAAGGUGGGCAGUGGGACAUCAAAAUUUUACCUAAGGAUUUUAUUUGUUUGUUUUUGCUAAAAGUAAUUAGUUUUUUUUUAUUAUUCUUUUUACUAUGUUUUUAAAAUUUUAGAAGACAAUUUUAGGUGAAAGCCAAAAAAAAAUAAAGAAAUCAUUCCUUCUUUCUUAUCCCAGUGACUAUUGGAGUGAUUCCACUGUUUUGCUAAUGCUGUUCACGAUCAUUCGUCAUCAUAUAACUAACUAACUAGUUCAAAAGCUUUUGUUUUGCAACGUGCUGAUAAGGUGGGGUUGGGGGGAUUGGGGAAUGGUCAAUUGGGAAGGCAUGCUUUUUUAUAUAAUGUUUACCUCAAUAGAAGCAAAAAAUGAUAUUGAUGAAGGGUAGCUGUGAAAAAGCCCAUCCUUGACACUGAGGCCUGCUUGUAUUUACUUCAUUUAUUUUUAUUAUUACCACACAAACCAUGGGGAACUGCACUUGGUCUGUUGAAUUUAUAGCUACGAAAGGCAGCUCAGCCUUAUCAACCCCCUCGUAUAGGUAGGAGGAUGAGCCAUUAAUUUAUUUCAGUACAAGUGUCUGUGUGAUCAUCUACUUCUAAUGAUUAUAUUCAGCUUUAAAAUAAACAUUUAAAAAAAACAAUACCUGCUUGGGUGAAGGGUGGUCAAGUGCUUUGGGAGUGUAGUAGGAGAUAAAUGACCCACUAUAUGUCAAGUGAGGAAAGCUGAAAUGUGAAGAAAGAGUGCAUCCAUCUAAGUGAAAAGCAAGCUAAUCCCAUUUUAAGAAGUAACAAAGGGUUUGUCUCUGUAUUGUCUUACAAAUACAAUUUAAAACUUCUUACUUACUCUGUAUAAAUUAGCAACCAAAGGAAGUGUCAUUUGUGUUAUUUGGUAUCUAAGGUCUAGUAGGUGUUUAAUACUGAGGCAUGAGAGGUGCUGUUGAUUAGAACCUUUUUACUUGCUUUGUCCUGUUUUAGGGAUUAACUAUCACUGGUGCCAACCCUAAGUACAGGGGUCAUAAAGUAUACUCUUAAUAUCAAGUCCGUUUUUUCGCAGCGUGCCCAUAAAUAUCAAUUCACCAAAUGCUAAAUCUACAGCUGCUUGCUGUUUCCUCUUUAAAUCCCUGAUUAGUCUUUUGUAUUAUCAUUUGAAUCCCUUUUUUUUUUCUUUUAAUUCAGGAAGGUACACCAGCGUUUGAAUAAAAUGGCUUAUUCUGCAUUAAGCUUUAUUCUCAAAUUCUGGCUUAAGGAUUCAAGCUUUACUUUUUAUGAUCAUUUCUGUUCAUUUUUCAGCUGACCAAUUAAAUCCUAUAACAGCGUAAUCCAAUAUGUAAGUGAAGUUUACAUGUCAUGGUGCCAGCACAGAUGAUGGAGGAGUCCACAGAAAUAGAGCUCAAAAGUGAGGCCAGCAGAGAGAGAAUUUGUUCUAAGAAACAAUGCAUUAAUGCUAUAAAUAGUUUAGAUUUCAUACACUCAAACAGAAAUGAUUAAUGGCUCUGUUAUUUGCAUUUCAAAACCCACUUUAUUGGAUCAUUUGGAACAUCCAUCCAUCCAUUUUCCAACCCGCUGAAUCCGAACACAGGGUCACGGGGGUCUGCUGGAGCCAAUCCCAGCCAACACAGGGCACAAGGCAGGAACCAAUCCCGGGCAGGGUGCCAACCCACCGCAGUCAUUUGGAACAUUUAUAUUAAUUAUUUAUUUUAUAAUUAUUGAAGAAUGAGAUCAAAUUUGGAACCAACAACUUCCCGGCUGUACACAAUGAAACCCUCACUGUUAUCACAUUUUUGUGUAGCCUGUUCAUCCCAAGUGAAAAAUUAUUUACAUGCUCCUUAUUGCCAGCCUGUAGAAUAAAAUCAGGCUUGGAGGUGCAAACCAUUCACAGAUGGAAAGCCAUCAGCUGGCAGCUAAUUUCAGUUCUUGUUUCAAACUCAAAAGAAUUUAUUGCUUUUUUGUGUUGUUGUGACUUGACAGACUCAUCUUGACUGCCUUUUUACGUAAAUUUUUGUUGGGUUGUUAUGGGCAAGUGGGAACAUAACCUGGAGGACGGGACAUUGGUUCCCUUUAUUUCACUUACUGCAUGUUAAAUUUAUUUUGUAACUAAACACCAGCAGCUGAGGUUGACUUUGAAGCAAAUCACAUCAAGCUUACAGCUUUGAUUCCCCAAAACUGGGCAACAUGCUGUGUCUGCUUUUGUAGCAAACAGUGUAGUUGUGGUUGCCACUCGGUCAUUUGCCAUGAAUUGAUGGAUAAUUCAGAGUGUCCUUCCAGAUAUGUUUGGGUUUCUAGAAGAGAGGCAGUUGGGAAAGGUAACCUUAAAGCAGAUUUGCACAUCCGUCCAUCAGACUAAAGACAUGGGAGUAGCGUGCAGUUCCCCAUAACAAAGAAAAGCAAAUAGGGUGUUCUACCAUCCUAGGGCCAGAUUUUUCCCAUAGUGCCUUACAAAGCGUCAUUCUUGUGUAGAGACUGGACAUUUCUUCCCAAACUUGUCUAGGUAAAGAAGAGCUGUGGGUGAAUCGCACUGCUCCUUGUAUUAUAAUCAUUUUUCAUUUUACUAUGUGUUUUAUAUAUAGUCUGCUAUGUUAUAAAACAACUUGAAAAAAAAAAAGCUUUUAUUAAUUUUUCUGUAACUUUUAAAAUUCAUGGAAUGUCCUUCAAAUUUGUGUGUUUCUGAGAGGAAUUUUGUUUUUAAUCUGGUGAUUUACGUAUCUUAGAUAUUACACAAUAGUUAUAUGUUUUCACAUACACAUUGAUGUUAAAUUGUGAUUUUUAUUUUUUCAGUCGCCUGGGUUGAUUAAAAUGACAAUUGAAAAUAAAGGACAGCAAUACUUCUCCCUGAUGAAAUUUCACACUUUAUGUAAUUGAUUUACUUCUAGAAAAAGGAGGAAUGCAUGUCACCUGAUGUAGAGAUUUGAUAUCAUAUUGCCUUGUUUUAUGUCUAUGUGAGGUUGUGUCUUGUUUCAUUUUUGUCAAUUAAAGAGAAAGCUUACAUUUACUAAAGCAGCCAGACUGUAGAAGGCCUUUGUUUUCACAGCCUCAACAGAUAAACCAGGCCUCUUGCGAGAAGCCAUGGUGCUGCUCCCAUGGUGCAUGUUCACAUCUGGACAUAUGAGAGGCAGUCUUAUUUCCAACCCCUCUGGUUCUCAGUUGCUAGCAAAGUCAAUGUAAGGGUAGAUUGUGAUUUCUGAUGGUGUGACUGAAAUGUUCAUCACAAUUCCUGUGAUUUGAUUCUGUUCAUACUUGGCUUUUAGUAACAUGAAGCUUUGAAUUGCACAGCAUCUCUUGGGACCUGUUUUCCUGCUUUUCUUCCCAUUGCAUUCUUCAGUGUGUGUAUGUGAAGUCCCAUGAAUGUAUGAUUUCUUUAAUAUUUUUUCUACACUAAUGUAAUAAUAAACUUUCCUAUUUGUUUGUAUGUGACCUUUUUUAAACGUAGGCAGCUUUAUUUUUUAUUUUAGCUUCACAGCUGUAUCUUGGGGUGAUUGUAAAAUUUUACACAAAUAUAUAUAGUAAUUUAACAAAAUACUAACUAUGUUAAAAAUGGGGUUUGUUUGGAAAUGCUCCUUUUUUCUCAUUUUAUUUUAAGUCUUUGGUUUUACAAAGUAGUGUGUAUUAUCUGUUUUGUACUUGGAUCUUAGAAAUUUGGAAGAAUUGUCAUCAAGUUUCAAAUAAAGAAAUUACUGGUA